AUGUCUGUCCCUUUGCUUCUCUCUGUCUCAGAACUCAAGAGCCAGCUUGGAGGGCCCGUCGUUGUUGAUGGUAGCUGGCAUAUGCCUGCUGCGGGUAGAGAUCCAGUUAAGGAAUUCAAAGAGAACGGCCAUAUCCCUGGAGCGCGAUUUUUUGAUAUCGAAGACAUUAAGGACAAGACCAGCAGUCUGCCGCAUAUGAUGCCGACUGCCUCACAGUUUGCAGAGCAGGUUGGCGAGCUGGGGAUCUCGAAUGAUGACCAUGUGGUUGUCUAUGACACAGUUGGAUUUAAUUCUGCAGCACGUACAUAUUGGAUGCUGAAGGCAUUCGGACACAAGAAGGUUUCGUUGUUGAACGGAGGAUUCAAGGCAUGGACAGCAGCGGGAUACCCUGUAGAGAAGGGUGAAGCCAACGUCACACCCAAGAAGUACGAAGUUCCAACACUUGACCAGAACAGCAUCCGGUACUACGACCAAGUUUUAAAGAUCGUCAAGGACAAGGAUAACAAGAUCACGAUUAUCGAUGCCCGUCCAGCUGCACGCUUUACAGGCGCAAGUCCUGAACCCCGAGCGGGCCUUUCCUCUGGCCAUAUGCCCGGUGCCAAGAACGUGCCCUUUUUGGAACUCUCGGAUAUGGAAACGGGUGAGCUUUAUAACGACCAACAACUUGCUGCGGCAUUCAAGCGCGCGGGAAUCGAUGUUCAGGAACUCAGAGAGACCACCGAGCCGGGCAAGGAAGUGAUUCUGUCCUGUGGAAGCGGUGUUACGGCGAGUGCACUAUACUUUGCGCUGGAGAAAUUAGGCGUGAAGGACUUGGCGGUGUUUGAUGGUAGCUGGACCGAGUAUGCGUCGCGCCCUGAGAGCAUUAUCGUCAAAGAUCAGUAG